GGAAGAGGAGGAGGCCCGGGAGGAAGCGGCAGGCGGCGGAGCGGGCCCGGCCGUGCGCCCCGGCGCCAUGGACAGCGCGGGCAAGGAGCGCGAGGCCGUGCAGCUCAUGGCCGAGGCCGAGAAGCGCGUCAAGGGCUCGCACUCCUUCCUGCGCGGCCUCUUCGGGGGAAAUACCAGGUUAGAGGAAGCCUGUGAAAUGUAUACCAGGGCUGCAAACAUGUUCAAGAUAGCCAAAAACUGGAGUGCUGCAGGGAAUGCAUUUUGCCAGGCUGCCAAACUGCACAUGCAGCUGCAGAGCAAGCACGAUUCGGCCACCAGCUUUGUGGAUGCYGGGAACGCUUACAAAAAAGCUGAUCCUCAAGAGGCCAUCAACUGCUUAAAUGCAGCUAUUGAUAUCUACACUGACAUGGGGCGAUUCACUAUUGCUGCCAAGCAUCACAUCACCAUUGCAGAGAUUUAUGAGGCUGAGCUGGUGGAUAUUGAGAAGGCGAUUGCACACUAUGAGCAGGCUGCGGACUACUACAARGGAGAAGAAUCCAACAGUUCAGCCAACAAGUGUCUGCUGAAGGUUGCUGCUUACGCCGCCCAGCUGGAGCAGUACCAGAAGGCCAUUGAGAUCUACGAGCAGGUGGGAACCAACACUAUGGACAAUCCUUUGCUCAAGUACAGCGCUAAAGAGUAUUUCUUCAAAGCUGCCCUGUGCCACUUCAUUGUGGAUGAGCUGAACGCGAAGCUGGCACUCGAGAAAUACGAAGAAAUGUUCCCAGCAUUCACAGAUUCAAGGGAGUGCAAGCUAUUAAAAAAACUGCUGGAAGCCCACGAGGAGCAGAACAGCGAGGCUUACACCGAGGCGGUGAAAGAGUUUGACUCAAUAUCGCGCUUGGAUCAGUGGCUUACAACCAUGCUGCUCCGCAUCAAGAAGUCCAUCCAAGGCGAGGGCGACGGGGACCUGAAGUGAAGCCCUCGUGAUGCUUGCGGCACGUGGCCUCGAUAAUCCGCUCUUGUGUUUCUGGCCAGGGACCAUCUCGGGAUAGGUGAUAACGUAUCUCGCUUAGUUCUGUUGCUUAGGACUCCAACGCCUCCUGUGUCCCCUUUCGUGUCCUGCUCUCUGCUGUGGUGACGUGGGGAGGUGAUGCCACACUGGGUCUUGCUGGCGAGCUUGAGGACACACUUCUGGCAGGGUUUUCCCUAGUUCUUUUCUUCUGGUGUGCACUUCUCGCUGCUUUUCCUCUGCGGUUUUGUCCCCUAAGGUUGUGUGCGGUGCAGAUAUCUGCUGACCUGCUCCUGCGUUGUGGCUGAGUCUUGUUUUCCUGGCCCUUUGUCAGAUGAGCUUGGGUCUUGUUUUUUCUUUUCCUCAUGGCUUCGUGCGUGGUGCUGGUGAAAGGCUUUGUGACGCACCCUGUGCACGUGUGCGUACACAUCCUAUACAGCUACGUGUGUGCACGUGUAAAUACAGACUGCAGAAAGAGCUAGGCUGGAAAACACUUAUAAUUUGGAGGGGACAGGACUGCUUAGAUUGCUGUCCAUCCUGUAGUCAUGAGUGUUCGUCUAGUUAAGUCUGCGUUUUGCAUUUACAGUCUAAAUAGAAAAUGUAUGGUUCUMUAUUUUCUGGGAUCUCUUUUUCCACCUAUUUUGUGCUGCACCCUGUCCCACCUUCCCCCAAAUAACCGGACCCACGUAAUAAUGUAUUUUUCUACCUUUUUGCUUAUCCUGCUGGUGUCCCAAGCACAGCUCUGCUAGGGCUGCUGGGCAAGACUGGGUAGUGUUUGGUCUCCCUGCUCACCACGGUGCUGCCCAAAAUUAUCCACYGAGACCUGGUGUGAGCCAGGGACCCUCCCUCGCUGUGGUGAGAGUGAAGGACUGAGCAAUGCUUGCCUUGGAAAGGUAUAAGCAUUUAUAAUAGACUCCCCUAGUCGUUAAAAAAAAAACGUAUUCUAAAACAUCUGCAACCCAGGUGCUUUUGUGCAAUGCUUAGUUUAAGUAGAGACRAUGAAGCUACCUAUUCAGCUACCUGUUCCAUGUAUAUUAAGAGGGAUUUAGGAGCCUAUGCAACUUGGGAGCCAGUGCUCAGUAUUGCUCUAAGCUGAAGUGUUGCCCAGACGCGUGAGGAACGUGCAGAAAAUGAAGGAGGGCUGGAUUGCCGUGACAAAAACGCUGCCCUUUUCCAUUGCCAAAGCAAGAGUAUCGUUGUCGUCGCUGCCCGGGUAGGUAGGGAUCACUGUAGGUGCCCAUAGGUAUUGUCUGGCAUGCUGGUCUUCACUUUGCUUCUGAUCUAAACACGUGUCUGAAGUACAGCUCCGUGCUAACUUGGCAACUUGUUGUCCUGAGUGUUUAAAUAGUAUUAAAGUAGUGCUAUAUCCACCGCUUGCUUGCAAAAAAARGUUUUUCUGACAUAGUUUAAAAAAAUAUAUAAAUAUAUAUAUAUAUUUUUCUUCUUUUUCUGGACUGAGCUCGGUUAUUUUCCACGGCCCCUGUUCUGGGUCCUACACGUUUGCAGCACUUGCCAGGAGAGUGGAGCGAAAGCCUUGGGA